UUUGACAGCUAGCGUCAGUGCGAAAGUCAGUCGGUAAAAGAAGAAGCGUGAAAAACAGAACACGAGUUGUUUACGCGUUAGUUUUGGAGUAAAAAGGCAAGAUUAUCCUAUUCUGCCACUCGACACUAUUCUGUGCAGGUGUUUACAGUGCGUUAUCACGCGAUGCCCGACAUUGAAGAACCUACCGUGGCAAUACCAUCUACAGAAAAAGAUGAUACCGGAGCAACAGCUAAAGAGGAUAAGGAGCGGGAGCUGUCAAGAAGCGCCAGCCCGCCAGCUAAUCGAUUGAAAUCCGUCGUGACUCGACGGAACGACACGGUAGAGGAAGGCGAACUGGCCUCGGAUCAUUCCUCUUCUCCAUCACGUUCCCGCUCCCGCUCGCAUGGUUCCGAAAUCGACAAGGAAUAUGAAUCCCGCAGCAAAAGACGCGACCUGCGGGAUGCUCGAAGCCGUUCGAGGCGACGAUCUCGUUCGGGGUUUCGUUCUAGGUUCCGGUCCCGAUCCCGGUCCCGAUCCCGGUCCCGAUCACGUCGGUCUCGAUCUCGUCGUCGCCAUGGAGGAAACCGCAGACGGCACCGGACCCGUUCUGAUUCAAGGUCCCGCUCUUACUCGCGCUCCCACUCAAGAUCUCGUUCUCGUGAUCGACGCCGCAAUAACCGUCGAGACGAUGACGCUUACAGAAGGAGAGAACUUGCUAAGGGCAACGACGACCGCGCAAAGGCUAAAGACGAGCACGCAAAGGAGGAAGGUGACGAAUCAUUGCUUCGGAAUGAAAAGCCGGCGAUCCGCAAAACGGUGGACUUGCUGACGUCCAAAACGGGGGGAGCAUACAUACCACCGGCCAAGUUGCGCAUGAUGCAGGCAGAAAUUACGGACAAAUCGUCCGCGGCCUAUCAGCGCAUUUCGUGGGAAGCACUGAAGAAGUCAAUCCAUGGCUUUAUCAACAAGGUAAACGUGGACAACAUUGGCGUGAUUACGCGCGAGUUGCUGCGGGAAAACAUAAUCCGUGGACGCGGUUUACUGUGCCGUUCCAUCAUCCAGGCGCAGGCGGCUUCCCCAACGUUCACGCACGUCUAUGCGGCGCUCGUGGCCAUCAUCAACUCCAAGUUCCCGAACAUUGGCGAGCUGCUGCUGCAGCGUCUGGUCAUCCAGUUCAAGCGUGGAUUCCGACGGAAUGAUAAAUCGAUUUGUCUUUCCGCCUCUCGCUUUGUGGCGCACCUGGUCAAUCAACGCGUGGCGCACGAGAUUCUGGCUCUGGAAAUUCUAACGCUGCUUGUUGAAAAUCCUACCGACGAUUCGGUGGAGGUGGCGAUCGCGUUCCUGAAGGAGGUCGGCCAAAAGCUGACGGAGGUGUCGGGAAAGGGCAUAAACGCGAUUUUUGAAAUGCUUAAAAACAUUCUGCAUGAAGGCAAGCUGGACAAACGGGUGCAGUACAUGAUCGAGGUAGUGUUUCAGAUCAGAAAGGACGGAUUCAAGGAUCAUGUCGCUGUUGCGGAUGCACUCGAGCUAGUCGAGGAAGACGACCAGUUCACCCACUUGAUAAUGCUGGACGAAGCGACCGAUACGCAGGACAUACUGAACGUCUUCAAGGUGGACCCGGAGUAUGAAGCGAACGAAGCAAAAUACAAAGAAAUCAGCCGAGAAAUACUCGGCAGCGACGCAGAGGAUGACGAUGGCGACAAGAGUGACUCGUCGAGCGGCGACAGCGAUUCCGAUGACGACGAAGCCGGCAGUGACUCGGACGAGGGUGAAGGUGGCAAACAAAAGCAGGACACCAUCAUCGACAACACGGAAACCAAUCUCAUUGCUCUGCGACGAACCAUCUACCUAACGAUUCACUCCAGCCUCGAUUACGAGGAGUGCGCUCACAAGCUGAUGAAGAUGGAACUAAAGCCGGGCCAGGAGCAGGAACUGUGUCACAUGUUUCUCGACUGCUGUGCCGAGCAGCGCACGUACGAAAAGUUCUACGGGCUCCUGGCGCAACGGUUCUGCAUGAUCAACAAAAUGUAUAUCGCACCGUUCGAGCAGAUCUUCCAAGACACGUACACGACGACGCACAGGCUGGACACGAACCGAUUGCGCAACGUGAGCAAAUUCUUUGCCCAUCUUCUGUUUACUGACUCGAUCGGCUGGGACGUGCUGCAGUGCAUCCGGCUAAACGAGGAAGACACAACCAGCUCGAGCCGCAUAUUCAUCAAAAUUCUGUUCCAAGAGCUCGCCGAGUACAUGGGCCUGUUCAAGCUGAACGCUCGGCUCAAAGAUCCAACGCUGCAGGAACCGUUCUCCGGCCUGUUUCCGCGCGACAACCCCAAAAACACACGCUUCGCCAUCAAUUACUUUACCUCGAUCGGGCUCGGUGGAUUGACGGACGAGUUGCGCGAUUUUUUGAAGCACGCCCCGAAACCCGUCAUUCAACCAUUACCCGCUGCUCCGAUUGCUUCGAGCGGCUCGAGUGAUUCGGAUUCCAGCAGUUCCGAUUCCGAUUCGGAUAGCUCAUCGUCGUCGUCGUCCGAUUCGUCCUCUUCGUCGUCGAGCGGUUCGGACGGUAGCAGCAGCAGCAGCAGCAGCAGCAGCUCCAGCUCCAGCUCUGCAUCGGAGAAAGAAGCAAGCAAACGGAAGAGAAGAAGAAAGCUUAAAGAGAAGGAAAACACUUCGAGGAAGCAGAAGAAACAAGCUGAAAAGAGAAAGCAAUCGGAUAAAAAGACGAAGGACAGUAAACGACGGGACGCCGAUCGCACUGCAAAGGGGAAAAAGAAUAGAAAUGAUGAAGAAGAAUGGGAAGAUGAUAGAAGACUCGAGCAGGACGAGGAUCGCUCGAGAAAGGGAGAAAGACGUGCAGGAAGACACCCGCCGAAUGAACGUCGUCAGGAGGAUUAUAGUCGCAGUCGCGAACCAGCUUCGAGGCAUCAUCGGGAUGAGGUGGUGCCGGAAAAACGUCGCGAUCGUGAGCGGGAUCGUGAGCGAGACCGUGACCGUGACCGUGAACCCAAACGCGACUACGAUCGCAGUGAACGGGAUCACCGUGAUCGCGGACACGGGCAGCGCCGUUGAGUGCCGAUGAUGGUCUGUCCUUAAAUUGACGUGUACUGCUAAUUGUUUGCGAGAAAUACAUUUUUUCACGUGUCAUAAGCGGA